CACUGGUCUGGUCCCCGCGCCCGGCGCAGGCGGCCUAGCCAUGUUCACCUUCGUGGUUCGCGACGAGAACAGCAGUGUCUACGCCGAGGUCUCCCGGCUGCUGGUCGCCUCCGGCCACUGGAAGAGGCUGCGGCGGGACAACCCCAGGUUCAACCUGAUGCUGGGAGAGCGGAACCGGCUGCCCUUCGGAAGACUGGGUCACGAGCCUGGGCUGGUGCAGUUGGUGAAUUACUACAGGGGGGCUGACAAAUUGUGUCGCAAAGCUUCUUUAGUGAAGCUAAUCAAGACAAGCCCAGAACUGGCUGAAUCCUGCACAUGGUUCCCCGAGUCCUAUGUGAUUUAUCCCACUAACCUCAAGACCCCAGCUGCUCCCGCACAGAAUGGAAUCCACCCACCAAUUACUAACUCAAGGACAGACGAAAGGGAAUUCUUUCUUGCUUCUUAUAACAAAAAGAAGGAAGAUGGAGAGGGUAAUGUUUGGAUUGCAAAGUCAUCCGCCGGUGCCAAAGGUGAAGGCAUCCUCAUCUCAUCCGAUGCUGCAGAACUUCUGGAUUUCAUAGACAACCAGGGCCAGGUGCACGUGAUUCAGAAAUACCUCGAGCGCCCUCUGCUCCUGGAGCCCGGUCAUCGCAAGUUCGACAUUCGAAGCUGGGUCUUGGUGGAUCACCAGUAUAACAUCUACCUCUAUCGAGAGGGUGUGCUGCGCACUGCGUCAGAGCCGUAUCACGUUGAUAAUUUCCAAGACAAAACCUGCCAUUUGACCAAUCACUGCAUUCAAAAGGAAUAUUCAAAGAACUAUGGAAAGUAUGAAGAAGGGAAUGAAAUGUUCUUUGAGGAGUUCAAUCAGUACCUGACAAGUGCUUUGAACAUUACCCUGGAGAACAGUAUCUUACUACAAAUCAAGCAUAUUAUAAGGAGCUGCCUCAUGAGCGUGGAGCCCGCCAUCAGCACCCGGCACCUCCCUUACCAGAGCUUCCAGCUGUUUGGCUUCGACUUUAUGGUGGACGAGGAGCUGAAGGUCUGGCUCAUUGAGGUCAACGGCGCCCCUGCUUGUGCUCAGAAGCUCUAUGCAGAACUGUGCCAGGGUAUCGUGGACAUAGCCAUAUCCAGCGUCUUCCCGCCCCCUGACGCUGAGCCACAGCAGAGCCAGCCGGCGGCGUUCAUCAGGCUGUGAUGAGGGAGAAGCGUGGGGUCCGGCUCCAGGGGAAGGAGAGACAUCCGAUUGCUCCACGUGAAGCCAAACUGAGAAAAAGGCAGCUCACAAAGGUGCGAUGGAGGAGACAGCGUGAGAGUGAAGGUGACUCCCCAAGGGGCUCUCGGGUGGAGCUCUCUGCACUGCUGUUGAGAUUUGAAGACUGCAGCAAAUUUCCCCAAGAGGAGAGCAGAAUGUCCUUCUAAGGGGAAAAGGCAGGGAUUUGGUUGUUUUCUGUUUUCAUCCUUUAAAGAGUUGGAUUUCUAUCCCAAGGCAGUGUUGUAAGCAGCGCCUCUUCUACCCGGGGACCACUGGACCUCAGCGUGGUGUCUCCAUCUGCUGCAGCCUUCGUGCCUUAGCUCUGUGCCCAGCUGCAACCUCUGUCUGCACGGGGAUUGGAUGCUAGAGCAUUUGGGAGCUUGCCAUGUGUCCCUGCUCAUUCCCCCAUGACACUCUGCCUGUGAAAUCUGGACAGGCAUGCACCGGCAGCCCGCAGUUUCGUGCUGUGUGCCACCUCGCAGGCCAGGGUGUUCUCCCCAUCCUGUUCCUGAUGGCACUGGGUAGGUUGCCUGUCAGGGUUGGUGUGGGCUGGGCACCAACACACCAAACACUGUUCUCAGUCUGCUCUCUGCAUGUUUUAGAAGCUGAGCAGCAAGUUGGCCACAAACUCGUAAGCAUCAAAUAAGCAUGAGAGAGGAAAAAAAAUUAUGUCUUGCUUUACUUAAUGGUUGGGUGUCCUUGAAAUAUGGUGGAUCUGUUAUCUGUUUUAACCAGAAUUCUUCAUGCACUUUUGCAAAGUUCCCUGCUGUUCACUCUUUUUUGGUUUUCACUUUUGUGAAAACCCUUCUGGGGGUAAGAAGAAGGUAGAACUCCCCUCCCCUCCAGGGGGCACUGCCCCCAACACAGCAUUCUCCCCAAG